GGUGUGACAUCAUUAUGGGAAUUUAUGGCGCCAUGGCGCUCCCCGAUUGAGAUGAUUGCAAUCUGUGGCACCUGUGAUCUACGGUAGCUCAGGGCCCCUCACUGCUCAGGCUUCCUCAAAUAGAUAACCAGUUCCAAAUCCAUACCUAUUGGUAGAGUCUGCUACCUACCUGCGAAAGGAAAGCUGGGUGGGGCGACAGGCAAGCUGCUGAGCAACAUACGGCGGCCGCCAGAGCAAUCGGUGGCGCAACAUCUUCUUUUGACAUUGUCACAUCCAAGGUCUAUUUUGGGGUGCACUAUGAAGGAUCAAGGAGCCCUUUAACCGGUUGGCAGCUGGUUAAGUGCAAGCCUCAAAUCUUGCAUUCAUUUAAUUGGCAUCACUUCGCCAGAGCUACAAGAACCACCAAGAAAGGGAACCACAUUUUGCCAACUAGAGUGUCACUGACGGAAGCACAACCCUCGUACAGCAUUCACAGAAGACCAGACCGUUUAGAGAGAGUUGGUACUAGCGGAAACUUGUUCAAUCCAGGCUAACUUCAUCACAUAUGUCGUCACCAGCUAGUUUCCACAUGGCGUCGGGACAUGAGCGGAAAAAGGUCUUCCCGCAGGGAAGAGAAAGGCUCACGACAGAUAAGAAGUGGCUGCAAAGCCGUUCCGCUUCCGGGAUGCUGCUUGCGGUCUUCUUGGCUGGGCUCCUGUCAGGACCUGUGCUGGUCCUGGCACAAUCCAUUGAAGCUUCGGAAGGUCUUUCGGCAGUGGAGACGCAAACCGUCGACUUCGGAACAAACGUCACCCAAAGGCAACUCCUCCAAGAACGACGCAACUUGCUGACGUAUGUGUGCCGCAUCACCUCGACCGACAAGGCCUUCGUCGGCUACGCGUGUGGCUCUGGCACGUGGAGCACUCGCCCUUACGCCGCGUGUUGCUUGACACAGACUUUCGACGUCGAUACGACUUCUUGCCUCACCGCCAGAAGGUUCGAGCGGGCGGACUGCACCCCUAACGGCCUUUACACAAGCCCCGCGUGCUGCGACGUUUUUGCUUCUCCGCCCCCCCCAAGAAGUUCCAGCCCUUUUACCCCCCCGAGUCCUCGCCGGCCCCCCCCUCCUCCCCCCCGCUAUGUCAGCCCCCCCACGAGCCGCAGUUCUGGUUCUUCGAGCCCGGAUGAUGACGAUAGCAAGAAUGGCAAUUCCAGUCUUUUCGUAGCAGGGGGGUUGGCUGCGGCGGGGGGCCUCGUGUUUAUGGUCUGCGCCGGGCUGCUUCUCUGUUGCCUCAUAAGCAAUCGGACGCGCGAACUAGAGAGGGGAGAGAAGUUGCUGCCGGCGAGCAGGGGAGGAGCCGCACCGAACCAGGCCUUCGCUCGUGAGCCAAUAUUCUUCGAACGCGAAUUGGAACCACAAGGCGCACCAAUGCACACCCACGGUCAGGGUCCCGGUUACGUCCCCCGGGCAGCGCCCUCCCCUUUUCCGCAAGCCCGGCCCUACACCGGGGACGUGCAACCGGGUACGUACGUCGCAAGACCUGGAACGGCCGUCGAACUGCCAAGAGGUUGACAGGCAGAUGAACUUAACAGGAAGUCGGUCCUCAAGUCAAAGACGACCAAAGAUACGCAGAGAGGGGGUCACCACCUCGACCAACAUGGGUCAGACUGUCCAAGAGUCUAAUCUGAAGUUGAAAGCGUCAAAGCUUGAAAGGUCGGAAGUUUUAGCGGACGACUGCGAAUUUGAGGCGGAACCGAGGGCCUGAAACGUUUUUGCCAAGCUUGCUCUAGGUGUGUCUCUAUAGACGAAUUGCCCAGUAUGCGCCGAGCGUAUGCUUAUCAAUUGGCCGCUGAGCUUACGUUAAAGCAGUGCUGCUAAAUGUCGCUGACUCAGCCUUGAUUAGUUGGGAGACUGUCGAUCAUGCAAGUUCGGACCAAGCGGUUAUUAGUCAAAAUAAGAAGGUCACGUUUUGCUCUAAGCUAGACUCAGGCCAACCAAUCUAGGUGCAAAAGUAGUUGAUCAUUUUGUCCCACUGCAAUGAUCAGUCAGGUAGGUUGUCAUGAACCCUCUAAUUUAUCCGACGUGUGCUCACACG